GCAUGGAAUUGACUCUCCUUCUGUCUGUGCUGGCCUCUCUCCACAUUUUCCCCAGCCUGGUGUCACCUACAGCCCCCCUAUCAACCCCCACACUCUCGCUGCACCCCCCACAUCCGGAGUUCUUUGAGGGGGAGCGUCUGACCUUCAAGUGCUCAGUUCCUGGGGCUGAGGAGCCGAUGGGGUACCGGUUCUUCGACCGAAGUGGGGAGCGGCUCCUCGAAACACCCCCUGAUCCCUACAGGGAAGCCCGGCUCCAACUCAGAGCGCAGCUGGCCACCACCGGGGCUUACAGCUGUGCAUACUGGAUGGGGGCAUCCGGGCAAGAAACCCUAUCUGAGAAGAGCCAGCCCAUCUCCGUUCAAGUGAAGGAUGCCCCUGCAGCCCCAUCCCUCUCGUUGAAUCCCCGGUACCGGUCGUACCAUGCUGGUGACUCCGUGGGACUUGUGUGUUCAGCACCCCCUCCAUGGGACAGGAUUAAAGGCUUCCAGUACUUUGGAGAUGGAAUAGCUGUGUUCGCGCUGACUUCAUCCAAGAGCAGCUACACUUAUAACUUGAGCAUCACUGGACCGACGGUAUCUGGGUCGUACAGCUGUUCAUACUGGGUACAUCUGUCCGGACGGAAUGUCCCAGCCAGGAGGAGUGAGCCAGUGGUCAUCAGCAUGAGAGCCCACAGAGGCAGCUGGUCCCGGGAGUUGGCCGUGGGGGGAUCAUUCUUCACCCUCAACAGCCUCAUCUUUCUCAUCACCUACUUCCUGAUGAAGUAUGAAGGAUCCCAGGAGAAUCACAGGAUGGAGAUCCAAGCCUGAAGAAGAACCUCCAAAGGUCUCUUCCCUGGUCAUGUGCAGCACCAGGAAUGCAACACAAAAUAUAUUUUAGCCUGCUUUUGUAAUCUUCCAUGUCAGAUUGUUGCCAUUGGUUCCACUGCUGAUGUGGGAGCCGCUUCUAAACUGAAAGAAAGAAAGAAAGAAAACUGACCUUCCUUCUCCUUUUUCAGAGCCCAUCUACCACUUGUUUCCAAGCUGUACAAAUUCCUGUAAACUCCCCUCCCUUCCUGCUUCAUAAUUAAAUUUUAC